UUGCGGCGCGAGUCGAUCGGCUGGGUGCUACGAAUUGUGAUUGAUCGUGUGACUCCCCUCCCCAACACCCGCGGCGACAGCGAAAGCGUGACCGUAUCUGACUGCCAGGCGGUCAGCAUGGAGGUAAGCGCGAUUCUCGACGCCGAAGUCACGUUCGAGCAUGCCUACACGCUGGAAGUGUCGUCUCCGGGGUUGGACCGGCCGUUGCGCCAACUGGAUGACUUCGUACGGUUCCGUGGCCGGCGCGUCAGGAUCGUGACUUCCGAGCCGAUUGACGGGCAGCGGUUCGUCUCGGGCCGUAUCGCUGCCGUGCAGGAGCGGACGAUUGUGAUCGACGACGGAACGACCACGCGGCUGGUUCCCGAGUCCGCAGUCAAACGGGCACGGCUUGAAGUCGAGUUUUGA